CAAAGCACAAAACAAAAACAAAAAGAAUUUCUAAUUUGUUGUUUUAAUGUAUUAAAAUUUCUUAAUUAAUAGGAGCAUUGUUUUAGACACAAACAUGUUUUCAAAGCCUAAUACAGGAUUGCGCGUACGGCCCAAUCGAGGCGAAAAUUUACCAUUUCCACAAAUCGAAAAACCUAGGCCAAUAGGAUAUUUUAGUGUAGUGGGUGGUAUUUUACGUGAAUACGAGCCUUCAGCACAACAAUUGCACUACUAUAGGCCGCCAUCACCCAAAAAAUUUCCGCUUGAUCUGAAUGAAGGUCUACAAGAAGCUAUUAAAAAACCAGAAUCCGUCUAUGACGAAGGACUCGAUCAUAUUUUGAAAUUUAUAUUCGAUCAUCGCGAUCGUCUUACAAAGCCAUUGGCGUCCUCCGAAGGUUCUCUACGCAGCCUUUAUGCCGAAUUUGUGUGUUGGCGCGGUUUACUGCGUUUGCUUAUGUGUACGCCGUAUGAGUACCGAAAUGAUUGGUCGAUUGCUGUAACGCGUUUCAACGGUACCUUCUAUCUCUGGAAGCGUGACACAGACCAAGAAAAAAUACAACGCGCUAAGGAAUCUGUACAACAACGUACAUUUGCUUCUUACGGAUUUAAAUUUGAACAAUAUUGCCUGUCAGAAUCACCAUUUCUCGAACCGAACUCUACCGGACCUGUUGAUGAGUGUAGUGAGUUUUCUUGUGUUUUUACAACCAAACUUGGCGGCUUGGAUGUGCUCUAUGGCGCUGAAAUGGAUGGAAUCAUAAGUGAACAACCUGUUGUGCUUGAAGGCGAAAAUGCCACAAGCCUGGAUAAUUUGAAAUUCAUUGAGGUAAAAGUGCGACAAGGUAACUUAAAUAGGAAUCAACUUCAGUCCUAUAAUCGUCACAAAACUCGGAAUUGGUGGUGCCAAUCCUUUUUAGUUGGAAUACAAGAUAUAUAUGUAGGACUACGGAACGAGAGAGGGCUGGUUGACCGAAUCGAACACACAGAGGUACGCGCCCUACCCAAGCAAGGAGUGGCUCAUUGGACACCAAAUGUGUGCGUCACAUUUCUCAUCGAAUUUUUAAACCGCAUACGAACACUAAUGGCCGACGUAAAUUGUCCAUAUACUACUUUUGAGUUUUACUUCAACUCUAGUCGAGGUACUAUAACGUAUGAAAUAAUAAAAGGCAAAAGUGAGCAUUCUUUUUUGCCGGACUUCUAUAUAGAACUUAUGCAUCCCAAGCAGCCUGUUGUAAAUGAAAACACGAUUCAUUUGCAGAGGACAGGUGGAACUACAGUAAAAAAUGAAAAUGUCUAGAGACAAUAAAUCAA